AUGCCAGCUCUCAGUCUGGUCGCUCUGGUCAGCUUGGUGUCCACUGUUUUCGCCAAGCAGCUGGACGCACACCCGCCCCAACAACAACACAAACACUGGGCACAGAUCUGCAGCGGGAAUGCCAUCAACAAAAUCCGGGGCUGCGAUAGAUACGGCUGUGGCCAUUUCGGUGCUGACAGGCACAGUGGUAAAGGAAAGCACGGGGGUGUGGAUGUCAUCUGUGCUGACGGAGCGACAGUGUACGCUCCUUUUAGCGGCCAGCUCUCCGGACCCAUUCGAUUCUUUCAUAAUGGAAAUGCCAUUGAUGAUGGAGUCCAAAUCAGGGGAUCAGGUUACUGUGUAAAGCUCGUCUGUAUUCACCCCAUCCGGUACCACGGCCACAUCUACAGAGGGCAAACACUCGGGAGAAUGCUGCCAAUGCAAAAAGUAUUUCCUGGCAUUAUCUCUCACAUCCAUGUUGAGAACUGCGACCACUCCGAUCCUACUGAUCUACUUACGCCUGUUGUUCCACCAUUGCCACCAUUUCCACCACAGCCACAACAGGAACAGUGGGCAACACUGUGCUCCGGGAAUCCUACAAACGAGAUAAGAGGCUGUGAUAGGUAUGGCUGCGGAUACUACGGAGCUCCAAGACGCAACGGUAAAGGAAAGCACGUGGGUGUGGAUGUCAUCUGUGCUGAUGGCGCGACAGUGUACGCUCCCUUUACUGGCCAGCUCUCUGGACCCAUUAAAUUCUUCCAUAACGGAAAUGUCAUUGAUGAUGGAGUCCAAAUCACGGGAGCAGGCUUCUGUGUAAAACUAGUCUGCAUCCAUCCCAUCAGAUACAGCGGUACAAUUUUUAAGGGACAAGUCAUUGGGAGAAUGUUGCCAAUGCAAAGAGUAUUUCCUGGGAUCACAUCUCAUAUUCACGUUGAGAACUGCGAUCGCUCAGAUCCUACUCGCAAUCUCGAAAGGGGGAAAGGGCAAAAAGUGUGAAAUGGAAAUGUAGUAAAUUCCAAAUAAAUUCAU